CCGCAGGCCGCGCACGCGGAGGGGCCCGGGCCUCGGGGCGGCGGCGCCCUCGGAGACGACGGCGGGGACGACACGUGGGCCUGCGGCGCCGCGGGGUUCCCUAAUGCUGCUCCCGUAAACAGUGGUGCGCUUAGAGGGCGUGCGAGUUUGGUGUGGAAAGCAGUCUUGGGUCCCGUGGGCCUUCCCCUGUCUCUGAAACCCGCCCGCGGUGCCUGCGCUGCCUGUGGAAGGAUUUUAAGGAAACAGAGGAGCAAAAUGGGGAGAAGAAAUGGUGAGACCUGCGGUGCCAGCCUGCGUGUGUCCAGCGUCUCUCAAGAGAACUUAUCUUACUGGCAUUUGGAUUCAGAAGUACCUGCUCCUGCGAAUAGAAACCUGCCACCUGGAAGGGACAGCCCAGCAGGUGGCAAAAUUAACAAGAAGCAUUUGGAAAUUCCAGUAGAGCAACUGAUGCUAGAUCUGAAUUUGUCAGAGCACGCUCACCAAAGAACUCAGAGUGGUAGACAAGGAACUUUUCAGUUAUGGAGUUACCCUCUUAAGGAAGGCAGCACCGUGGAGAACAGGGAUUUCAAAAACUCUUCAGUGCAAACUGGCUCUGAUAUACCCAGUAAUCCCGCAAGCCUCUUCACUCUGAACCACUCACUAGCAAGUGCUUCAGCUGAUAAGCAAGUUGGUUCUUACCCUGGACUGCAGAUGCCGUUAGGUCUCUGCUGGCCGUAUGCGGACGGAGACUUUUUUAAGGACAGAAAUGAGCCUCCUGUUAAUUUAUGUUCAACUAUAGAAAACAACAAUGGUGAAACUUUAUCUGCUCCAAAUUGGAAUUUAAAAUACGGAAACAGCAGUGUGGAAGAAAAUUUAACAGAUGAAAGUGAUUUGUCAGAAAGUGAAAAAGCAAAUGAUACUUUACUUAGCUAUUUUAAAAAGAUGGACCUGAACUUAAAGCCAGAAACAAUAGAAAAUGUUGAAGAAUCUUUCACAGAGGAACCGAGUGAAGUAUUUCCAUAUCCUGAUUUUCUCCCUCCUCCUUUCAGUACUCUGGACUUGCACAAAUUAGCGCUCUCAAAAUCUGAAAAUUGGAAAGCAACAGUGGAGCCUCCAGAAAGCUCUAUUGAACAUUUGAUAACUCGUUUACUGGAAAUGGAAAGAUUACAACAUAUGACUAUACAAAGAGAGAGGCCAAGACUACAAACGGCCUCCUGUACUCCAGCAGUUACUGAACGACCCUCUUCCUCUAAAGCUAUACCCAAAAUGAGACAGCCAAAACUUUCUGACUCUCUGAGUCUUCAGACAACUUGUGUAGAUAAAUGUCAAGAAAAAAGAAAAAACAAUGCUGGUUCUUGUAAGCUUGAACAAAAUGCUUCAAAAUGGAAUUGCAGCAAUGCUGGCAAAUAUAAAUGGAAUUCUAGAUCACCAUCUCUAAAAAGUUCAACCACCACAAAACAAUUGAUUGCAACUUAUGAUGACUUUAAGAAUCCCAAAAUCUCCAUUUUAAAUCCAUGCCAAGAACUCUCCACCAAGCCUACUACUACCCAAACAACUCAAUUACUGGUUAAAAUGGUCUCAACGAGAUGUCUGCCACCUAAGUCUCCAAUACCAAUUUCACCUAUUCCUCUGUCUUUUCCUGAAAAUCAGAGGGAAGAAAUUAAGGUACCAAGGACCAAAAAGAAACUUUACCGAAAAAACAUAGUAUUGAACAGACCAUUCUACAUUCAGAAGCUAAACUGUUUAUCAUCUUCGUUUAUGGCUAAGGGUAAGUGCUCACUCAUUGACCAAAAAUAACUCUUCUUUCAAUGUGAGCAAAUCUAGUCCAAGAAGCCCGGCUGAAAUACGCUUCAUCGUUCCAAGAUACAGAUAUUAAACACACACACACACACACACACACACACAGUCUUCGAUGUGAUAUGGAAUAGGGCUUGUGACAGUCUCUGCUGAGACGUGUAAUACAAAUCCAGGGCUUCCAUACUAACAUAUUUGAGAAUCUUUUGCAUGUUAUGUUUCAAAGAAAUGUUUUACUUAGUAAACUAUUCUAUUCAAAAGAU